AUGUCCAAGUCGCCUCCCCCGGGAUACUAUGUUCCAGCCGUUCUCUUCUUCGAUGAAAACGAAGAUCUCGAUGAAGCUUCCAUCAAAGCCCAUGUCUUGCGGCUAGCUCAGGGAGGUGUAACUGGUAUCCUAGUACAAGGAUCCAACGGUGAAGCACAGCAUUUAUCUCAUGAAGAACGCAAACAAGCCAUCGCGCUCACUCGAAAGACCCUUGAUGAAAAUGGCUUCGAAAACGUUCUUGUGAUUGCUGGUACAGGCGCCCAAUCUACUCGCGAAACAAAGAAAUUGUGCGCCGAUGCUAAGGAAGCUGGAGCUUCCCAUGCUCUUGUUUUGACUCCCUCAACUUGGCCGCCUCAAAUGUCUGUAGAAAAUAUUCUGCGGUUUCAUAGAUCGGUUGCAGACGCAUCUCCCAUCCCAACUAUGAUUUACAACUUCCCAGUUGUAACCGCCGGGAUCGACCUCGACUCGGAUGUCAUUGCUGCUCUUGCUGAACACCCCAACAUCGUUGGAACCAAGCUCUCAUGCGGUAAUUUAGGAAAACUACACCGCCUUACUACCCGCUUUUCUUCCAACGAUUUUGCUGUUUUCGCUGGUCGCACUGACGCCUUUUUACAUGGCCUAAACGCCGGAAGUGCAGGUGCAAUUGCUGCAUUGGUUAAUAUCUUACCCAAACUGCAUGGUCGUCUCUAUAAAUUAUUUCAGGAAGGAAGUAUCAAAGAGGCCAUGGAGCUGCAAGGAAAACUUGGUCAUGGAGACUGGGCGAUUUCGAAGAUUGGUGGUAUAGGAGGAGUGAAAGCCGUUGUCUCCAAACAUUUUGGUUACGGCCAGACAUACGUUCGUGGUCCUCUCAAGACGGUCAACCCCGAUAAUCUUGUGGAAAUCAAGCAAUACCACACCCUCGCUGAAUUGAUUGACCUUGAGAAAACGCUGUGA